AAAAAAAAAAAUCUGAAGGAAAGGAAACGAAGACUGCCCCAGAAUUCCUACAGAACAAGCUCCACCUGAACCUAAAAUGGUGAGUGAAAGUCAUCACGAGGCCCUGGCAGCCCCGCCAGUCACCACUGUUGCCACUGUUCUACCAAAUAACGCCACAGAGCCAGCCAGUCCUGGGGAAGGAAAGGAGGACACAUUUUCUAAGCUGAAGGAGAAGUUUAUGAACGAGUUGCAUAAAAUUCCAUUGCCACCAUGGGCCUUAAUUGCCAUCGCCAUAGUCGCCGUCCUUUUAGUCCUGACCUGCUGCUUUUGUAUCUGUAAGAAAUGCUUGUUCAAAAAGAAAAACAAGAAGAAGGGAAAGGAAAAGGGAGGGAAGAACGCCAUUAACAUGAAAGAUGUCAAAGACUUGGGGAAGACCAUGAAAGAUCAGGCCCUGAAGGAUGACGAUGCUGAAACCGGACUGACUGACGGAGAAGAAAAAGAAGAACCCAAAGAAGAGGAGAAAUUGGGAAAACUUCAGUAUUCACUGGAUUAUGAUUUCCAAAAUAACCAGCUGCUGGUAGGAAUCAUCCAAGCCGCCGAGCUGCCCGCCUUAGACAUGGGGGGCACCUCCGAUCCCUAUGUCAAAGUGUUUCUGCUGCCUGAUAAGAAGAAGAAAUUUGAGACAAAAGUCCACCGAAAGACCCUUAAUCCUGUCUUCAACGAGCAAUUUACUUUCAAGGUGCCAUACUCGGAACUGGGUGGCAAGACUCUGGUGAUGGCCGUGUAUGAUUUUGAUCGUUUCUCCAAGCAUGACAUCAUUGGGGAAUUUAAAGUCCCCAUGAACACAGUGGAUUUCGGUCACGUAACCGAGGAAUGGCGUGAUCUGCAAAGUGCAGAGAAGGAGGAGCAAGAGAAACUGGGCGAUAUCUGCUUCUCCCUUCGCUAUGUACCUACUGCUGGCAAGUUGACUGUUGUCAUUCUGGAGGCAAAGAACCUGAAGAAGAUGGAUGUGGGCGGCUUAUCUGAUCCUUAUGUGAAGAUUCAUCUGAUGCAGAAUGGCAAGAGGCUGAAGAAGAAAAAGACAACAAUUAAAAAGAACACACUCAACCCCUACUACAAUGAGUCAUUCAGCUUUGAAGUACCCUUUGAGCAAAUCCAGAAAGUGCAAGUGGUGGUAACUGUUUUGGACUAUGACAAGAUUGGCAAGAACGAUGCCAUCGGCAAAGUCUUUGUGGGCUACAAUAGCACCGGGGCGGAGCUGCGACAUUGGUCAGAUAUGCUGGCCAACCCCAGGCGACCCAUCGCCCAGUGGCACACCCUACAGGUAGAGGAGGAAGUUGACGCCAUGCUGGCGGUCAAGAAAUAAAGGAAAGAAGCCUUUCUGUAUUUGCCCACAUAGCGCUCUUUAGCCAGUAUCUGUAAAUACCUCAGUAAUACAGGUCCUUCCAUUUUUUCCAGCCAUGCAUUCCUAACACAAUUCAGUGGUACUUCAAAUCCCAUUUUAAUUUGCACAAAUUUAAACGUAGAGAGCCCCUAAGCCCUUCAUCAUACCACUGCCCUCCAGACCUACUCUUCUUUUAAGCAAUAUGAUGUGUAGAUAGAGCAUGACUGAAAUUAUUUAUUGUAUCAACACCGUUGUAUAUACCAGUAUGCUGAAGAUUUAUUUCUAGUUUGUGUAUUUGUAUGUUGUAAGCGUUUCCUAAUCUGUGUAUAUCUAGAUGUUUUUAAUAAGAUGUUCUAUUUUAAACUAUGUAAAUUGACUGAGAUAUAGGAGAGCUGAUAAUAUAUUAUAUGGUAAAUAGAGUAUCGUCUGCAUUCCAGCAAAAAUAUCAACUCAUAAGGCACUAGUACAGUGAAGCUGACAUCUUAAAGGACAACUUAAACCUGAGCUUUCUACUGAGUCAUAUGACAACCAAGAUACACUUCCACCACAUACUCAGUGGGUGAAUCCAACUUUGUAGAAUUUCUUCACAGGCAAAUUAGCAUGAUCUGAGCAGCAUUCAGCCUGACCUCCAGGAAGCAUAGCCACCAACCAGAGCAGCACCUGUCUGUACAGAUCUGCAAAGCCCAAGUCAGGGCUUCCUCUCACAUUCGAGGAAGCAACGGGAACAGGAGUCAAUGAUUUCAUAUUACUGCACAUAGAGUAACAACAUGAUGGUGUUCUGUGUGUGCGUGUGUGUACGUGUGCAUUCGUGUGGGGAUGGGGUGGGUGGGAAGAAGCUGAGGGAAGAAGUCGGCAUUUUGGAAAUAUUGCCUGACCAUUUAAAAAGAAAAAAAGUAGCUCUCCGUUAUCACCUUUCUACGAACGGGCAUCCGGUGAAUACUCUUCCAGAUUUCACACCUCUAAUAAUUCCAAAAGGUUUGCACAUUAGACUUUGUAACAAAAUAUUUUAUUACACGAAGCCAGAUUAGAAGGAAUGCAGAAUAUUUUUAACACAGCUAUCUGUGCUUACUACACAAAAGUACUUUGUGGUAAACAGACAGUAUUGUGAUUCCAUCGAAAGAGGAAAAAAAUAAACAAUUAGCCAUAGCUCUGGAUGCACUUCGAUGAAGCCAAGACAGACAGCUAGUGGUAUCUUUUUAUAUGCUCUUUUUACGUAAAUAAGUUUUAAUUUGUCCUUUAAAAAAAGGUGAAACAAACCAAGAACAAUUCUAGAAAACUGAAGCAACCUCUUCUGUACACUAGAUGCUUGAUUUAGGAGGCGUUUUUACGUGUUUUCAAUGUUAUUAUGUAGUAAAUGGCACUAUAAUUGAAGCUACUAGUCAUUCCUUAAGAGUCUCAAAGGACUGCUCUGUGUAACACUGUGACUGCCGUGUGUGUGCUUAGACACGUGACGUAGUUUCCUCAGUGGAUAGCACUCAAUCUCUUCCGUAGCGAUAUUGUAACAAUACUGCCAUUCCCUUCUACUGCACUGCCCAAGGUGUGUGUAGCAUAAACAGUUCUCAUUACAAAGGACCAACUCAGAACUGCAAAGCUAUGCAUAGGACAAGAAAGGUGCAAAGAACGGGGUGAAACACACAGCAUUUUGUCAAGCACUGUGCAAUAUUCCACAUUUUUCCCCGCUAUAGUAGACGGCCACUCGGCCACUACUAUAUCUCACGCAGCAUCUAAUCAUUUCUCCUGCUCACUUCUGUGACCCAUUUUAACUCCCAGGCCACAGAGAGUAGUGAUGCUCUGAAGUGAACACUUACCUUCAAAACUGUCAAAACCAAACGGAGGAAAGCUAAGCAUUAGCGUACGUUCAGACUUUAGGUGAUCAUGCCAUGUUUCUAAAAACCGCAGAGAGAAUUCCAAAAGGGCUGACGGGAAGCUUCAAACACGAGGCUGGCUGCGUCCUGACAAAACCAGAACUCCUGUCUUGUUCUUUCCUAAUCAAAGAAGAGGCCAGUCCUUUGGCCUUUCAGCAGUCACAGCGAGCUCUUUAGGACUGGGUCAGACACGAAGGCCAAGGGGACAGUAACACCACCCUCUUCUGUGGAUGGUCCAGACUUUCUUCAAAAGGUAGAUCAUAGAAAAUGCCCUAGUCAUUAGGUGAGAUUAAAUACCAGUUUGAACAGAAGGUUCAAAUGAAAGUCCUUCCAAUUUAAAAAGGCCAAACCAUACCAAAGAGAGAGAGAGUUGAUUGACCUUUUUAAAAUUCCUUGAAGACCAGAAACUGGCCUGUAAUUUCACCAUGUUCAGCUCCAAGUUGCUCAUGCUGAAACACACACUCAGAAUCAAGCAGGUUCAAGCCCACCGAACACGCAUCAUUUCUUGCAUUAAAACACGACGAAUGCAUUCUCUCGCAACACUGCCAGACAUGGGAUAUUGUCACAUAGAAUUAGUUGGUACCGGGCCAUCUUUCAUGAGACAGUGACCGAACCUGUUUGAAGACCAAGAUUCAUCCUCCGAUAAGCCACAUGUACCUUUCUGACAAAGCUGUGUCAAGUAUUAGAAUCUGACGCUCUAGAAAGAUCCUAGUUGCCUUUGUGUAUAUUUACUGCCUGCUUGAGUGUUUCUCUGUGUGGGUUUCCUCUGUAUCCUGUAGAAACGUUGGGGUGUUCCCUUCUGCCAUACGGCUCGCGACCCGCGAGCCAACAACUCUAGCUGUACUUUACCUUCAUUUUUGAUGAGGUGGUUCAAAUUUUGUUUCACUUCGUGUAGUGAAUUCCACAGUAGUUUUCUGAUUGUUGUUAAAAAUGACUUAACCUAUUACACGGAUAUUCAAUAAAAAUGUUUUAUUUCCUGUUGA